AUGACCUUUGAUCACACGGGUCAGAUAGCUCCUCCAGGGGCGGAACCUAGAGUUACAGCAGAUCUUUGGGAGGAGGAAGGCACCCGUUAUUUCCAAGUUGAGGCUAGAGGAGUUUGCGUGGCUCGCCGUGAAGACAACCACAUGAUCAACGGCACCAAGCUGCUGAGUGCGGCUGGAAUAACUCGAAGCCGCCGAGACGGCAUAUUAAAGAGUGAGAAGACUAGACAUGUGGUCAAAACCGGUCCGAUGUACCUC